AUGUCUCCGGCCUUGACCUCCGUUCGUGCUUUCUCCGCCAAGGCUGUUGACCAUACCGGCUCUUCCCCGGCCUCGCCGGCCUCGAGCACAACUGCAAACGCUGUCGCCCCCAAAAAAUUCACUUACCGGAUUUCCGCUGCUUACUCUGCAAAGCAGGAGAGGUUCAGCCCGGGGACUAAUAUGUUCCACUAUAAUCCUUACAACAAAGUUCAGGACACUGCCAAGAGAAAGUCCCGUCCGGAUGCUGGGCAGGACGCAUUUUUUGUGUCCGGGAUAAACGACACCGGAGCUAUCGCAACCGGAGUGGCAGACGGGGUUGGUGGUUACAUCGAAUCUGGAAUCGACUCUGCAGACUUCUCGCACACCUUGUGCGAACGCAUUGCUACAGCGGCCCACCAGUCUCCUACGGACAAUAUCGGUGCGAGGUAUUUGAUGUCGGUCGGGUACCAAAAGAUACUAGAGGAAGAUGUGAUUGCAGGCGGAGCAUCUACCGCUUGCGUUGGCGUAGCAAAGGCGGAUGGUCGGCUGAACGUCGCAAACCUGGGCGAUUCCGGAUUUUUAAUCCUUCGACAGGGGAAAAUCCACCAUGCAUCAUCCCCGCAGACCCAUGACUUCAACACCCCCUACCAGCUCGCAAUGAUUCCGAAAAAACUCCUCGCCCAGUCAAAGCAGUACGGCGGCGGUCUUUUAUCUGACCAACCCUCUGACGCCUCCGUCUCUACGCAUUCUCUCCGCAAUGGCGAUAUCGUGGUAUUCGCUACGGAUGGUGUCUGGGAUAACCUCUCGAGCCAAGAAAUCCUUAGGAUAGUCUCUGGCGAGAUGGUCACGGGCAAGGGGUGGAUUGUGGGUGGGGAAGCCGGCACUGUUCCAUCCCCACAAUUGGAGAGCCUUACGAACCCUACGGAGGGGCAGGGGCUACAGGCUGCUGUCGCAAAGGCGGUGGUCGCAAGGGCCAAGUCGGCAUCUGUUAACACGAAGGUUGACGGGCCGUUUGCAAAGGAGGUGCAGAAGCGGUUUCCGUCCGAGAACUUUCACGGUGGGAAGAAGGACGACAUUUGUGUGGUGUGUAUGGUGGUGGUUGAGGUUAGUUGGGUAUUUCGGUUAUUUCUAUCUCCCUUCAUUUCCCUCUGA